GGGGACGGUAGGUGAAAGCAAAGCGAAGCGUGCCAGCGAGCGAACUGCGAAGCGAAGGGAAGCAGCCUCCCCCUCCCUCCAUCCUCCCCACCGGGGAAAAAGGGGGACAAAAAAAAAUCGAACCCACACGCAACGCAACGCCAACGCGUGCUCGACGCGACGGGACGGUGCGCCUCCACCCGCCCUCCAGAUCCAGCGCCACAUCCACCAUGAGCUGCGGCGGCGGGCGCGCGUGCUAGCCAGCGACCGAGCGGUGCGGAGGCGGAGGGCGAGGGAGGGGGGCAGGGCAGAUCCCGGGGGUGGCAAAUCUGGCAGGCGCCGCGGUGGGGCUGCGGGCGCGGGGGAGGGCGGGGGGCUGGGCGGACGGCGCGGAGGGCGGGGAGGGAGGGGAGGACUGCGGCAGGCUCAGGCCCUGGCGCAGGAGGCUGCUCGCGUCCAUGGCGCUCUCGUGGCCCUCGGCCAUCCGCCUCGCCGUCGCCGCCACCCUGCUCGUCGCCGUCGGAGUCGCGCUCUUCACGCUCCCCGUCGAGAAGAUUUUAAAAGAUUUUCUGGUUUGGAUCAAGGAGAACUUGGGUCCAUGGGGUCCUUUGGUGCUGGCCCUUGCUUACAUCCCUCUGACGGUCUUAGCUGUUCCAGCAUCAAUUCUUACACUUGGAGGGGGGUAUCUUUUCGGCUUGCCUGUUGGGUUUGUUGCUGAUUCCAUUGGAGCAACAAUUGGUGCAACGGCUGCAUUUCUUCUUGGCAGGACGAUUGGGAGGCCUUAUGUUCUGUCCAAAUGCAAAGAUUACCCCAAGUUUCAAGCAGUAGCUAUUGCGAUCCAAAGGUCUGGCUUCAAGAUCGUGCUGCUACUGAGGCUUGUACCUUUACUUCCAUUCAACAUGUUGAACUACUUGUUGUCUGUCACUCCUGUUGGCGUUGUAGAAUACAUGCUGGCUUCUUGGCUAGGAAUGAUGCCAAUCACCCUCGCUUUGGUAUAUGUUGGAACAACACUAAAAGAUCUAUCAGAUGUGACACAUGGGUGGAGUGAGAUCUCAACUACUCGAUGGAUUCUGAUAAUAUCUGGAUUUGUAUUCUCUGUUGUCUUGAUUAUCUGCGUCACAAAAGUUGCAAAAUCAUCUCUGGAGAAGGCAUUGGCUGAGAAUGGAGAGGUUGAUGUCGGAACCUCGCAGCUUCCUGUGGUAGCCUCUCCAUCGGAUCUACAGCAACCUCUUGUAAUCAAGAUUGACUCAUCAAAUGAAGAUCAUGAAAAGUAAAAGUGUUGUUGGCUACUUCAGAUGUACAUUCUUUGGCUAUUGAAUCUGUAGCACCACAUAUACCCAUAGCUCUUGUUGGAGGCCAAUUGGGGCCGUGAAAGGGUAAAAAAGCAACCCAAAAAGUGAGAGAACCAGGAUGCGUUUGACUGAUAGGUAAUAGUAAUACAGUGUAUACUCUUUGAAUCCACGUGCUACCUUACCUUUGAUGAAAAAGCAAUUGUAGUCUUCAGUGUUUUUUGUUCCCUGA